UAUUGCAUGCAGACACAUAACCCCAGAAACACAGCCCGGUUGACGAAUCGGUAGUUAGAUGAGGAAAUAGACAUAAACCCUUCAUCUCCCUCGAGUUCGCAUCUUCUAUAGUAGGUAGUGUGAAUCCAACCGCUCCGAUGUUUUCUCAAGUGCCGCCGCAAGUCCAGUACGUCUCUGUUUUCGAGCCAGAGCUUCCAGUGCACCAGGACAGAGAAGAGGGACGGCGCCAGCCAGCAUCCACCGUUCCGUACGCGUACAACGUUACCGCCACCGAACACAGAUACGCAGAUCGCCGGCCCAUUCAGGUUGGGACACCGGGCGGACAGAGAUAUCCCGUAGACGGGGAGGAUAUGGAGGAAUACUCUGAGGGCUCAUAUUCGGACGACGACGACGACGACUAUGAGGACUACGACGACAAUGAUAGCGUUUGGGAGUAUGCGCGGACCGGCGACGACCUCGCUUACCGGCAGCCGGAUCACAUGAGGCGGGAAUGGCCGUUGCCAUCGCACACUCGCGACGUGGAGCUGGACGAACAUCACUACCGCGUUUCCUCGGCUGCUCGUCGGCGUUGGGACUACACGGACGGGGAGACCAUCGCGAUCCAGCGGGGGCCGGCACUGCACCACCAUCAUACAUACACAUCUCGCCGCCACCCGCUCACAGAUGUCAAUGAAGACCACGACGACGGAGUAGACCCGCACCACCCCACACAGGACUCACGACCCUGGUCCUCGCAGUACCGCGAUGCAGAACGGGUCGAGAUCCUACGAACACCCACGCAGCGCGACGCGUACUACUCUCAGACGCACGGUUACAGGGAUGGCGGGAGCGAGACGCACCAUCCCCACACGCGCCGAAGCGACUCGAGACGCAUGCACUCCCGCGACGUCGACGAAACGCCGGUCGCGAUCCUGCGCGCACCGGUCCACAGCCACCUGUACCGUCCAGACAGCCAGAACUACCGAGACGAGCGGUACGACGACGGCCAUCCCCACCGCAGCUCGUCCGCACGAUUUCACUCGGGCACCGCCGAUGAACCGCGCGUUGAGAUCCUGCGUGGGCCUAGAACGAGGCACUGGCACGGCGGCAACGACGGCGACCACUACGACGGCGAUCUCGGCAACUACCGCAGUAGCUCGCGACGCAUGCACUCGGGUGGCGUGGAGGAAGAGCCCAUCGCCAUCUUGCGAAGGCCGGAACCGAAAUGGCAUUCAUACGAGCAAGGAGGGCGGAGCCGCAGAGAAAGGUCACGGCCGCGUGUUCGUGUCGGCGUUUUGGUGGAAUCAUUGACUAAGACGGCGGAUAAGUUUUUGGAGACGAGCGGUGAGGCAGGACGUCCUCGUGAUGGGUAUGGGAAUCCGAAAGGCACUGGGUGGCGACGGCGUAAGAUUGGGAUAGCUAUGUGAGGAAUAGAACUACUGUUGACUGAAUUCAAUAUCUAUCGGUUUCUACC